CAUCCCGUCGCCCGUGCGCCUGCGCCGGCUCUUUGCGUCUGCGCACUAGCGCCCUCCCGCUACCGGCGCCUGACGUCACGAGGCGGGCGCCGCUCCAUCCGGGUCUCCGGGCACCAACCCCUUGGAUGACGCCACAAUCGCGGACGUCUCCUCCGUGACGCAAACCCGGUCCGUCGCGUUGUGACGUCACAGAGCCCGGGGCCCCGCCCUCCCGUUUUCUACGUGGGCGCCUCCCGCCGCUCCCCCCAAGGGGCGGGGCGUUGCGAUGAAAAGGUGGCACGAGCCUAAGCCGGCCCCUAGUGGAGCAAGUGAGGCGGGACCAGGUGGGAUGGCAGAACGCCCCCCGGUUCCAGCCUGUCCCACGCGCCGGCCGGGACGGCUCCAACGCCAUCUCCUGAGCGGCGAGUUCGACCAGCUGCGGGAUUUACCCAUCUUUGAGAGCAACUUCGUGCAGGUGACCCGGUUAGGAGAAGUUGCCAACAAGGUCACCAUGGGGGUGGCAGCCUCUAGUCCAGCCCUGGAACUCCCAGACCUGUUGCUUCUGGCGGGCCCUGCCAAGGAGAACGGACGCCUGCAGCUCUUCGGGCUGUUCCCCUUGCAGUUCGUCCAGCUCUUCGUCCACGACGAAAGCCGCUGGCAACUGAAGGUCAAGUUCCGCACCGGCCGCGCCUUCUACCUGCAGUUGCGGGCCCCGCCGGAGACCCGCGACCGCAAGUUCGGCCAGUGGGUGCGGCUGCUCUACCGCCUGCGCUUCCAUUCGGCCCAGGGAGCCGUACCCUUCACGCAGGAGUACUCGGCGCUGGAGGACGACAAGGACGAGGAUCCGAGGAGGAGGGUGUGAGCGGACGAGGUGCCUCCGCAGUCAAGGCCUCCGAGACAGAGUCUUGUACCCAGCUUCAAGCCAUGGAAGCCAGACUGGACCCACAGACCUCUGAACUCUGGGGACUCUGAUUCCUCCCACAUUAUUUUGAGGUCACUAAAAGACCAGAGAUCAAAGUGUACCCUACCUCGGGGCCGGACAGAUGAAUUAUUAAAGUUAAUAAAGAUCGGCCAC